UCAAGUACAUAGGAAAAUUACACCCACACAAAAACAUCAUGCAAUUUUAAAGAUACAUACGCCCUUAUCACACAAGUAAUAACCACAAGGGAAAAUGAUGAAGGAAGCAAUAGUUUUCUACCCAGCACCUCUCAUAGGCCACUUAAUCUCCAUCGUAGAACUAUGCAAGCUCAUCCUCACUCACCAACCAUCCCUCUCCCUUCACAUGCUCAUCACCACACCACCCUACGACACAUCCUCCACUUCUAAUUACAUCUCCACCAUCUCCGCCACCCUCCCUUCCAUCACCUUCCACAACCUCCCCACCUUCACACCCCCUCACACCCUUCUCUCAUCCACACUCAACCAUGAAACCCUCUUGUUCCACCUCCUCCACCACAACCACCCACACAUCCACCAGACCCUAAUUUCCAUCUCCAAAACCCACACCAUCCAAGCCCUCAUCUUAGACAUUUUAUGUUCCCAAUCUCUUUCCAUUGCUUCACAACUCAACUUGCCUGCCUACAUUUUUGUGCCUUUUGGUGCUUCAGGCUUCUCGUCUUUUCUUUACCUUCCCACACUCCAUGACACUUACAAUAAGAGCUUUAAAGAACUCAACAUCUUUCUUAACAUCCCAGGAGUCCCACCAAUGCCAACGUGCGACAUGCCAAAACCCAUGCUCGAACGCAACGACGAAUCCUACAAAAGCUUGCUAAAUUGUAGCCUCGCUGCACCCAAAGCCGCAGGGUAUAUUGUCAAUACAUUCGAAGCUUUUGAAGCAAGUAGCAUCAAAGCAAUUUCUAACGGUUUAGCCCUACCAAAUUCUUUCACACCACCCCUUUAUUGUGUGGGCCCUAUAGUAAGCACCACCACUAACCAAUACCAAAACACUUGUGACCAUGAAUGUUUAAGGUGGAUGGAUUCACAACCUAGUAAGAGUGUCGUGUUUCUAUGUUUUGGAAGUUUGGGUGUGUUUUCAAGGGAGCAACUACGUGAAAUUGCUUUAGGGUUAGAAAAAAGUGGACAACGAUUCUUGUGGGUAGUUCGCAACCCUAUUAACGACCAAAACCAUAACCUUGCUUUGGGAAUACAAGAGGACCCGGAUUUGGAAUCUUUGCUUCCAAAGGGUUUCUUGGACCGGACCAAGGGAAAGGGCCUUGUGGUGAAAAAUUGGGCCCCACAGGUGGCGGUGCUGAGUCACAACUCGGUGGGUGGGUUUGUGAGUCAUUGUGGGUGGAACUCGGUGCUGGAAGCUGUGUGCGGCGGGGUGCCGAUGAUUGCAUGGCCGCUUUAUGCGGAGCAAAGGUUCAAUAGGGUGGUGGUGGUGGAGGCAAUGGAGGUUGCGCUGUGGAUGCAUGAGAAUGCGGCGGGUUUUGUGGCGGCAAGUGAGGUGGAGGAGCGAGUUAGGGAGUUGAUGGAAUCGGAGAGAGGUAAGCAAGUUAGGAUUCGAGUCGGGGUUGCCAAGGAUGAAGCAAAGGCUGCUUUGAUGGAUGGUGGGUCUUCACAUGUGGCAUUAGAGAAACUUCUCAAGUCAUGGAAUGGACAAGUGAGUUAAUGAAGUGAAUAAUGAAGGAUUCCUCUUUUUCUCUGGUUGAAUGCAAAGAUGGCAGAUUUCUCUUUUUCGCUUCUUGAAUGGUCGAUGAAUUUCUUUGUUCUGCUCAAAAGCUUUAUAAUGUUUUCAUUUUGUUUUUUGUAAGGGUUAGGGUACAUCUUGUACCCAUAUAUAUAUGAUAUAUCUAACAUCUAGUCAUUUGUUUGCUAAUAAAAAAAAGUGAAUAAUGAAGGAAGAAUUCACUUAAUUAAGAAUGCAAUUAAUA